AUGAUAUCGCUCGAUACUAAAGAUCAGAACCAAACCCAAGUUCCCGCAACUUCCACCCUCCCAGACGAGAAGGGCAAGGGAAAGGAAGUCGAUUUUUCUGUGGUCUCCGACACUGAAGAAUGGGGAGAUAUGUGGGCCGAGUGCAACGCUCUAGGAACAUUUCAAUGUGACAUGGUGAAUGUACCAGCCGGAAAUGUCGGUACUACUAGCAUAAUCCCAACCGCUGCUGCCUCCCUCGAGUCGUCUCUCAUGGCCCCUUAUCCCCCUCCACCUUCUCUCCCCAACGACCCCUCGUGGCCCCAGAUCCAUAACUUUCGCGAUCUGUCUCUCAUUCCCACAUACCCCUCUCCACCUUCUCUCGUCAGUGACCCCGCAUGGCCCCAGAAUCUCCGCAAUCUCCAUGAAUAUUCCCCUCGCCUCGCCUCGCAAUACGAGCUUACACAAAUCGAGGUUGACAAUCAGCCGCCCGAAGACAUUCUUGGACAGUUCCAGCCAGACAUGGAAUACGAAGGUUUUCCCCUCAUAGAAGAGUUUUCAGGCCCGACGAUUAUUUACGAUCAAUUUAUGGUCUGCCCAUACACAGCCAUGCAAGGGGCGGAAAACCCAACGCACCGUGCACCUUCCGCCAUCCCAGACCCGAAGGCCAAGGCCAAAGCACUCGAUUCAUUUACUACCUCCGACUCUGAAGAACCCAGAGAUAAUAAAUGGGCCGAGUACCCUUUCCCAUGCGAAAUGUCCCAGAUCCACAACUUUCGCAAUCUGCCCCUCAUUCCCACAUAUCCCUCCCCACCUUCUCUCGUCAAUGACCCCACAUGGCCCCAGAAUCUCCGCAACAUCCAUGAAUAUCCCCCUCACCUCGCCUCGCAACACAAGCUUACACAAAUCGAGGUUGACGAUCAGCUGCCUGAAGACAUCCUUGCACAGUUCCAGCCAGACAUGGAAUACGAAGAAGGGUUUCCCCUCGUGGAACAGUUUUCGGGCCCAACAAUUAUACAGGCACUCAGCGACAGCGCCGAUCUUGCGUUUGGCUUGUUGUACCUGCCACUCAAUAUCACAAAGGUCAGCGCUGUCGCCGACGACAGUAACUACGAAUAUGAAGAGGAGGGGCAAGACGAGGAUGAUGACUGUUGGGGGUGCGGGGGCGGGGGCGGGGGCGGGGACGAGAGUGAGGAGGAGGAGCCAUCUGUGUAUGAGUCUUGGAAUGGCCCUCGUGGUGAAGAGACGGAGGGACGGUGGUGGCGAAGAGCUUACGCGAGGGAGAAGAGAGCUCUGGCGAAGCAGAAACCCUCGUGGGCUUGA